AUGGAGGCCUCUAUCAUGGCUUGCACCCAGAGAGAUUGUCCUCAGUAUGUGGGCAAAAGGCCGGAUGCUGGGAGGACAGCUUCAGCCUGGAAAAUCAUGAGCUGGAACUCGGGAGGCCUCACGACGGAAGUCUUCCAGGAACUUCGCACAUUCGCAGCGAUGGGGGAGUGUGACAUAAUCCUUGUGCAGGAGACGAAAUGCCGACACGACAAUGUCUGGUCGGACAAGGCAUUUCACUUCAUUCGUAGUCAAGGCAUCGGUCUCAGUGACAAAGUUGCAGGCCUGUUGGUCAUGCUUUCCACCAGGAUUGUCCAGGCCGGGGACAUUCAAUUUCAUGCAGUACACCAAGGGCAGUCAAAGACGACCCCGGAAGCGCGACGAGCCCAGGUCAUUGCAAACUUCCCUGUGGCAGCAUGGAGAGACGGGGCCAACCACCACCCAGUUGAGGCCUUUGUGUUGGCCCCCCGAGCUGUUCGAAGGCUACAUCCUAAGGCCAAUGAUGGACAUGUUCGAUUUAAUCAAGAUGCGCUCCUGCAGGACAUCAAGAAGGAACACCCAUCCGAGGCGUUAGCUGGGUUACGCCAAAUGGUUGCGCAGUCGAUGACGAAUGCGAAUGACGCCAAUGAGGUGUUGCUGCAGGCAGCCGCCAGACAUUAUCCACUUCCCCCUCGACCGGCUCAGCCUCCGACUCAGCCUGAACAGUUGGCGAUUUUUGCUAAACACAUGUGGGCUAUUUUUCGACAAAUGACGGCACAGCGAAAAACAGCCCGAGCGGUCUUCAUGGCCUGGAAGCUGUGGGCACAAUUUCAACAGGCGCAUAGCAUACAUAAACAGCGUGCCAAAGCACGAACAAAAGAACGUCGAGACGAGUUGCUCACACAAGCACAGGAAGCUGCCCGACAAGGAAACGCUCACGGGCUCUGGCGAGUGGUGAAGCAACUGGCGCCCAAGGCCCCGAGAAAGAAAUUGCAACUCCAACGUGACGGUCGCAUGCUCAGUACCGUGGAGGAACUUGACUGGAUACUCCAGGCCUUUGGAACACGGUACGGGGAGGGCGAAGAGCUCGAGACUGUCCAAUUGCACGGCCAGGCCGCACCGGAACCCAUUGCCAAUGUUGCGGACCUUCCUUGUAUACUUGGGCACCUCAACCUGCGCAAGGCAGUUCCACGAGGCACGGCGCCUACGGUGUUGUGGAAAGCGUGUAACUGGCAGGUGGCGACCUCAGUAACGGAUGGCAUUAACCUGAACUGGAUGCAAUCACCACCACAUAUUGAGCAACACUGGUUGGAUGCCACGGUGUUUUUGCUCCCCAAGGCGCAUGGUCGCAUGAAAACCCCACUGGAUUUACGACCCAUUGGACUGCAGGACCCAUUGGGCAAGAGAGUGAUGACCCUGCUAUUGCGACAGGCUCGUGAUGAAAUCGUUGCACUUGUUCAUCGUUUUCCACAGACAGCAUACAUUCCGGGAAGAGGAACCAGCACGGCUCUGAGGCAGGUCUUUCGACACUGCCGGGAUAUCCGAAACUGGAGCGUGGGCAGUCGCCUCACAGUACAUCAGUUCGCAAUGUUUUCCACCGUCGAGAUCAAUCUGGAAUGGUGGCAAACGCUGGCACAACACAUUGAUCAAUACAGUUGUCCUUCGCUCGUUGAGCAGUUGGAGCCGGUGCAGAAAGGAAGUGCACGGUCGCUUGGCAGUGCGCCGUACUGGUUCUACAUCAUCAGGUCGGACAAGAUGUUUGCGGACCCAGCCAUGAACGAAUUCUUUGGCGAGGUGCUGCAGGAACCGACGACCAAGCGCAGGCGUCCGGAGGAGAACAAAGAGCACAGGCAGUGCGGAAGAAGAAUUCAGGUCCUGAAGCAGGACCACUCCUUCAUGCUGUUGAUGCGUCCGGGGAAAGACACGGCGCUGACCUUUCUGUAUCAGACUGCAACUCUGUACAAAAAGAAGCAGGAGGAGUCUCCCACUUGGGGGGCGGAGUUCCAACCGCUCAGAGUGGUGCUCUCUUUGGCCUUGUUCAGGGAGCUCGCAAAUCGCAUUGCGGCAGUGGAAGCGGACGAGACCAAAACAAAGGAGGCCGUGGAUCUAGGGUGGAUGACCAAGGACCUACAGUGGAAAUUUCAGGCUUGGAAUCCUCAACUCAAGCAUCUGCAGGAGGACACCUCUCGGGCCCCUCUCCCGACUGUAGAACUCAAGCGAAUGUUGGAGAAGGCGUCGUUCUACUUCGACCUGUCAUGUCGCAACCGCGGUCAGGAGGCCUGGGAAGUGAUGAGCCAGUUGCAGGGAUGCUGCGCUUUACAGCUGAUCGGUCUGGCGUACAAGCGUGCCAGGCUCCGUCGGGGGCCGGUGGCGCAGAAGCUACGGGAUCUUCUGCGGGAGCGUUGA